UCGCCCCUCUCAUCCGCACGUGACGCGCAGCUGACCAAUCGCGCGCGAGCCGUGCGCUUGAGCGGAUCGCGCGGGCGGCGCUGGGCCGCGCUCGCAGCCUGCGGACUUUCCUGGCGGGCGCCCCCCGCCGGUCUCCCCUUUGGUGGGGGGGGGGGGAGGUUUGCGGUACAAUGGCGAGCGGCCGGCGACGUCAAAAGCACUCGUCCUCCACGUCGUCGUCGUCGUUGUCGCCGCCGUCGUCGCCCGCCAUCUCCAUGCGCGACAUGGGGCGGCCGCGCGGCGGGGAGAGGACUGAGGUGGCCGGAGCGCGGACCCACCCGGUGGUGCGAGGGGAUACCCUGGCGGGGUUGGCGCUGCGCUACGGGGUCACGACGGAGCAGAUCCGCCGGGCGAACCACCUCUUCGCUAACGAGUCGCUCUUCCUGAGAACCACGCUGCUCAUCCCGGUCCCGGGGCCUCCCGACUCUCCGGACAACGGCAACAGCAGCAGCGGCCGCACCGCUGAGCCCAGGCCCCUGGCCAACGGUGGGGAAGGUACCGCCACUACCGCCAGUACCGCCAGUGCCGCCAGUGCCGCCAGUGCCGCCGGUUCCAACGGUACAGAAGGUCCCAUCAGUGCCGCUGCUACCGCCGGUACAAUCGUCACCGCUGGUACCGGCGGCGGAGGUGGGAGCGGCAGCGGCAGCAAUGGCAGGGUGGAGGCUGCGCGCGAGGACGGGCGUCUGGACGCGGCGCCGAACGACGAGGUGACGGCCAGCGACUUCUUCAGCCGCAUCGACGCCCGGCUGGAGCGGACGCGCGCCAACCUGGGCCACGGCGGCGGUCACGGCAGCCCCGCCGUCGCGGCCAAGCGCGGCGCCACCGCCACACCAUCCGGCGGCCAAGCGAGGGCGUCCCCUGGGUCGGCACGCGGCGGCUGCGGCGCCACCAGCGGGGGCGACAGCACGGGGCUGCUCGAGGUGGACGACGAGCUCAUCUUCAGCGACGACCAUUUCGGACGUUUGGACUUCCACUCCCAGCAGCAGCAGCAGCAGCAGCGAGCGCAGCACGAGCCCACGGCGUAGGAGCGCGAGCGACGCCGCCGUGAUGAUGGAGGGGAGCCGCCGUGGCAAGCGGCAGCGGCGUGCCUGGAGGCCCUCGGCCGGCAGGCGGCGGUGGCGGCGGAGACGCCGGCGGCGUGCGCCGCGACAACCCGUCGCGUCCCCGGCGUCGUUCCGUAACCGCGUCGUGGCACGGACCGGGGUUUCGUCGACCGUGGCGGUGCGGUGACCGGCUCGGACGAGCGCUGACUCGGGCCGCAAUUGACGGCGCAGAUGAGAAGCGGAUGGAACUAUAACUUGAUUGUUAGUGGCGUGGAGCGAGAGAGAUACUCGCGUCUAAAACAAAAUAAUGUGGCGGUUUGGAUGCCCGUCUUAGAAAUAUUCUUUUGAGAAGUAAGCGGACUUAGUGGCAAUUAGUUUGUGGCGGAAUUUUAGGCCCGCAGGUAGAC